AUGGACGGAGGCAGCGACCUCAACAUCCUCUACACCAAGUUUCUCGACGCCAUGGGGAUCAAACGCUCUUGCCUCCAUCCUAGCGCGGCGCCGUUCCACGGCAUCGUGCCGGGGAAACGGGCGAUGCCUCUUCGGCAGAUCGAUCUGCCCGUCACUUUCGGGACUUCUUCCAACUACAGGAAGGAGAUCCUCACCUUCAAGAAGGCGUACGAGUGCGAUGUAGAGUGCUACGAGUAUGCUGUAGCCAUCACCUGCGUGGAGGAUCCUGCGAUCCAGCUCGCGGAGAGCGCCGAGGACCCGCCAUCCUCCAAGCAGUCUGAUACCUCCUUCGAAGCCACCGAAGGCGUCAAGGAGGUCCCCCUCGACCCCACCAGCUCCGAUGGCUGGACUGUGAACCGUUGA